GGAUGCUCUCCGAAAAGCAAGCGAUCCCAUUGAGAAAAUUUCAGUCGCGUCAAGCUGAGGGAGAGCGCAUACCCAUUACAGAUCGCAAACGCAGACUGUUUCUCGCUGGGAUUUACCAAAUCACGCUUUUCAUAAAAGCAGAGGAUUUAAUCACCACUAGGUGACGAUAACACCCCCCUUUCUCCCAGUUUACUCCCGCUUUCCCUCCUGCUGCAGCCCCUUAGGCCGCAGUGAGAAGCAAGCAACAUGGACGGGUUUUACGACCAGCAGGUCCCUUUCGUAGUGCCCCCAAAUAAGUCUCGCAUGCAGGAACCAUUUUGCAGGCUAUUCAAUGACCGAAAAAGGAAGUUUGUUGACACUGAGUUGGCACAGGAUACAGAGGAGCUCUUUCAAGAUCUGAGCCAGCUUCAAGAGAUUUGGAUAGCGGAAGCCCAGGUACCUGAUGACGAACAGUUUGUUCCAGAUUUCCAGUCGGAUAACUUGAUGUUCCAUGGACCCCCUCAAACAAAAGUAAAGCGGGAACUGAGCCCAAGCAGAGAGUAUUCCCCGUGUGGACAAGAGCAGAGACUGUCUCCAUAUGGAGAAAAGUGCCUUUAUAACUACAGUGCCUUCGAUGGGAAGCCAUUUACUUUUAACAAGCCACUCACUCCUCCUUCUACACCGGCAUCACCCUUUGGCUCCUCCACCAGCGCAGCCACAAACCCUUUGCAGAAAAGAGUGAUGCCACCAGCCCAGACUCAGACACAAGGCCCGCCACUAUUACCUGGUCCCAACCACAGCUCCACACCUCCACAUCAGAGAGCACAGACUCCACUUCACAGUCAGAGCCCACCUUUUGCUGUGCCCUGCCCACCUGUCAAUCACCCAGAUGCCUCCUACAGCACAGAGCACAGAUUCCAUCGGCAGCUUUCCGAGCCCUGUCUGCCAUUCCCGCAGUCCGAUGGCCGCUGUCAGACACCUUACCCCCCGCAGGCCCGUGGCCAAUUUCCCCGACAUGGCCGGCCCCAUUAUCAGCGCCAGAUGUCAGAGCCAUUAGUGCCAAUGCCUCCCCAGCGAUUCAAAAAGGAAAUGGUGGAUCCCUGUUACAAUGAGCAGGGUUUGCAAAACAUGGGACCUCCUCGUGCACCAUUGUUCCACCAAAUGUCAAUCAAGCAGGAGCCCAGAGACUUCGGCUAUGACUCAGAAGUGCUGAACUGCCAGUCAUCUUUUGGCAAAUCUGCAAACUUCUAUGGCACCAACAGCGAGGGUUUUGGGUAUGAUGGAGAAUCCCACCUGUAUUAUGAUGAUGCAUGUUUAGUGCCAGACCGCCUGGAGGGAAAACUGAAGCAGGAGGGUGGAGUUUUCCGGGAGGGUCCUCCGUAUCAACGAAGGGGGUCUCUGCAACUCUGGCAGUUCCUGGUCACUCUGCUGGACGACCCAUCCAACAGCCACUUCAUCGCUUGGACUGGCCGUGGGCUGGAGUUUAAACUCAUUGAACCAGAGGAGGUUGCUCGCCGUUGGGGCAUCCAGAAGAACAGGCCUGCGAUGAAUUAUGACAAACUGAGCCGCUCCCUGCGCUACUACUAUGAGAAGGGCAUCAUGCAGAAGGUAAAGGUUGCUGGAGAGCGGUAUGUGUAUAAGUUUGUGUGUGAUCCUGAUGCGCUCUUCUCCAUGGCAUUCCCUGAUAACCAGAGGCCCAGUCUGAAAGCAGACCCCGAUGGGCUGCAGGUUCCAGAGGACGACACUGUUCCACUUUCACAUUUUGAUGAGAAUAACAGUGUCCCGUAUACAGGCGAUUCCAGGGACCAGUGCUUAGUGGGGCUGUCCUUUCCUGAAAAUUACGCUUUCUGAUCUGUUUCGCCACUGAUGAGCCGACCAGAAGAACUCUAAAAUGCUUCUUCACACUCCAAAUGCAGCUCAUGUCAAAUUGUAAUUGCUCCAAUGAGGAAUCUGUAGCGCCUGCUGACAAGUCUCUAGACUUUCUUGCCACACUUUUAUUUUUUGUUUGUUUGUUACUACACAGGUUCCAUGAUGGAAUUUUUUUUUAAAUUACAAACAAAAAAAGCUUAAAGAGACACAACAGUAUUUUCCAGUGUAACCUAUGAUUUUAUAUAUAUAUAU